AUGGCGGCAGCGCUCUUCCACUACCUUGAGAAUCCGCAGCUGUGCUGCCGCAAGCUGACGCAGUUCGGCGGCUACGUAAGCCAGUGGGGGGCGGUGGACGGCGACAUGUUCGUCUGCCUGGAUGAGGGACGCGCGCCGCCGCCGGGCGACUGCCUUUUCUACUCCGCCGGGGUAUCCAGCGAGUGGAGCUUCGGCCGCGCCGGCAUCCGCUACGGCUGUCGGGUCUACGCCUUCGACCCGUCCACGACGGCGCACAAACAGAACGAAGCGGAUUUCGGCGCUCGCUUCCACAGGAUCGGCUUGGGUGGCCGCACAGAGAUGACGAAGGACGGCUGGCAUAUGAUGACGCUGACCGACCUCAGGGCCAAGCUGGGGCACUCGAGGCGAACCAUCGACUACCUGGCGGUCAACACCGAGGGCAGCGAGUGGGACUGGCUCGAGAAUGACGUGGCUGGCCUGGAGGGUGUCAGACAGCUGGGCAUGCAGGUGCACAUGCAGGUGGACAUGCAGGCUCUGAGGCGUUAUUACGACGCGUUCUGGCGGAUACAGGAGGCGGGGUUCAAGACGAUCCACUCCAACCCAUAUCGGGCGUACGGCAGGAACUCCAGAAUGAAGGGAGUGGACGGAAUGGUUGCCACUGUGUAUCGGCUGGUGUGGAUGAGGAGUGCGUAGGCCGGUGCAUUGGUCCAUAACUACAUAAAACCUUGUUCCAGCCAAGGACUGUGCGAGCAAUCGAGGCGGACCACGAAAGGAUAGAGCUGUCCUACGCUAUGCCGCGCAUCAUAUUGCGUAUGCAUUAUGCGUAUAUUGCUGCACUUUAUUGUGUAUUCGAAACCAUUUAAUGCCCCCGCAUCUGAAACACAUAUGCCAAGCUGGAAAGUUAUUUUGCGGCCACAUUUAUCCGUCACGACACGUCAUGCGCCUGGUGAUGUUUUUUACCUGUGAUCUGGUAUCUGUCUGCUAGUGUCAGGAAGGCCACUGUCACCGGAAAGACUUCCGGUUUGAAAUCAUUGACGCCCGGUGCUUUGCAUGAACCUCUUUUGACUUCACUUCUCUUUUCCCUGGUUGAUAAACCUUCGCGCGUCAUUGAAUCCGGCUGCCUUCUGCACGCCGGUGGUGUUCAAGUUGUUUGCGAAGUUACACCCCUGGCUGACAGCGGCCUGCAGCAGGCGCUUGAUCAUCACUACUGGAUCAUUCACAUAGGAAUUAAGGAAUGAACAUCAAGCCCCUGAGGAACAAGUCGUCAACCCCAGCCUUCAGAGCGUGCGGUCGUGGGGAUUAGAUAUGUUACCUGGGCAAGGUAACUAAAAAACGCACCUGAAACACGCGAUAGCUCGUCCCAAUAAGUUUGAUUUGUGGGUACCUGCGUCUGGGAGCGUGCUUCAGGGGAUCAUCUUUCAAAUUGCCCUAGAAUGUUCUGUAAUGAAGCUGAGCCAGAGAAAACACCAUACGAGCGAGGAACUAACAUUGUCUUUCAUUGGUCGGAAAUGGGCAACCGUUCAGAACACGUAGUGCUGAACGGCAACCAGUCUGACUGGAUUCCAGUGUGAUCUGGCGUCCCGGAAGGCCGUGUGGCCUGGGACCGUUACUGUUCGCCUGCCUUCUGGCUGAUGUCCCUGACCAAACUGAGACUGAGUGCCUUACGUACGCUGAUGAUGUGAAAAUUUAUCACCGAAUCGACAACGUAGCAGAUUGUCUCGCACUUCAGGUAGAUUUGAUCGUCUCUGUGAAUGGUCCAAAAACUGGGGACUGAAAUUGAAUCCAGCUAAGUGCAGUACCAUCUCAUUCACCCUCCGCACGUCACCUGUUCACCACCCAUAUGCACUAGACGGUCACCGCUUGGAUAGCUGCCAGCGGAUUCGUGGUCUCGGCGUAUUCAUGGUCACCAAGAUCACUUUUGCCGAUCACAUAGAUUCAACUGUCAUAAAGCAAACAGAACGCUGUGCCUUCUCGUGCGAAGCGUGCAAAUGCCGUCGUGUUCUCAUCAAGCGCGAUUCAAUCACGAGGCUUUGCUUUGUGCCUUCAACGCUCACGUCAGAUCAUUGAUAGAGUACGAUAACGUUUUUGGAGCGGUGCUGUCGUUUCCUAUCUCGCCCGGCUCGAAAAACUUCAACACCGGUUUCUCAUGUGGAUGCGUUCGAGUAGCCAGUCCCGGUGUCCACUGAAUUACGAGCGUCUUCUCGCUUUGCUCAAAACAGCAUCCAUCAAGGCACGCUUUGCUUAGUCUGACAUGUUAUUUUUAUAUCAUGUGUAUUACAGACUUGACUGCGCUCACCUGAUAUCAGUGUUCAGUCUGGCUACACUCGUCCGGCGUUCUCAGCGUACCGGCCUUUUUCACGAGCCAUUUGCAAGGGUCAAUACUGUUCAAAAUGGGUUUGUCGCACGGCUACCCGCUGUCUGCAAUCACUGUGUGUGGCAUUCUCCCUCAACUGACUUUUCAUCCAACGAAAUCAUUUCGAGCUGAUUUGUUUAGACUCGCCGGCACACGUGGAUUAUUCUCUUGAUGACCCGAUGUGUGACUGUAUGUAAUGUGCUUCUGUGUGUGUGAUAAACAAAUAAACAAAUGCCAUUUUCGUCCAUUU